CCUGCUAACAAAGCGCCCUUUACGCCUGAUCUCGCCGUAGAUCCACGACGCCGACACUCGGUCGCAUCUUUGACAACCUUUGUAUCAGCAAUGUGAAAGCCUAUCUGUCUGCGCAACCAUCAUGUCGCCAUAUCAACAAAUCUUCUCCACCAAUGCCGUCCUAAGCGUCUGGCGCAAUAUCCGCCAUACCAAAGACAACAACGAUCUCCUCCUCGCAUUCCAGUACCACCAAGAAGAUGCUCGCGGCCAGAAGGGCAAGAAAUAUAACAAGGGCAGUACCGUGGAUAGCACGCAAGAGAUCGCAGAUGGAAAGGCAGUAGACAAUGUCGGAAAGAGCAUUGGCUUCGUCGUACCAUGGCGGGCUAUGCAGGCGCAAAGACGUGAACUGAAGGAAAAGGAAAAAGAGCUCGCGGAGGCGCUCGUUGCCCUUGCCGGAGAGGUCGCAUUUACUGACCUCUCUUCGACCCUUCAAUGUUCUCUCACACAAAACCCGCUUAUCCAAAUCCGUCACCUUGCUGCUGGCCUCUCACGUCAAAUGUCAAAGAUCGAAAUACAGAUGGCUGACAAUGCCCCUUUUGCACAUGGAAAGAACCUAUACACUGGAGGCGAGAUAGCGCAAAGAUUCCUUCCACCGAUACAGACGCUCUUCGAACAACGACCCGUACCACAACGCAUGAUCUUCGAGCUGCUGAUGGAAUUAAAAGACUUGAUCUACAUGGGCAUGGCCGGCUGUGAGAAGGAAGUGCUGGAGUGGGAAGUGGACGGAGCCGCGAUCGGAGCGCUCGAGGAACUGGACGAUGCGAUGGUUAGAGCAGUCACACCGUUAACGCCCGCUAUCGAGCCUGAGCAACGAAAAGAGCUGGAAACCGGACCCAGGCGCAUACUCAGGCGCAAAGCCUCGAGUCUCAUAUCAAACUCUCUUACAGUCCAACAGCCAGUGUCGUUCCUCCUUGCAGCACCAGACGAACUUCUUUACAGCCUCGAAUCGCUCGAAACGACAGCGCUCGCUCUUACCCAUCUACCUCUUCCUAUACCCGACCUCUGUGCGCACGCUGUCAUAACUCUCCGUCGUCUCACGCCACGACAGACCCUCACAGACUUCUCGCAACAAAAGAAACGAAGAGCCGGUCGUUGCGCUGAAUACGCACGUUGUAUGAAGUGGGCUGGUACGCAGUGGCGGCAAAAUGGAGGCUGCAGAAGAGGCUGCAAGAAUGAGGACGAAGACCCUGAAAACCUCCCUAGCUGGCAUAGGAGUAGUCGCUGGUUCGACGAGAAGGGCAGUGGGACAUUCAUGGUUGGCGGAGGAAGAGCGACACCCAAAGACGAUGGUUUUGGAGUCGUCAAGAUGACGCCUUCGUAGGACAACAUGGUAGGAUCUUGAUAUUAUUUUUAUAUGACGUUUGGAUGUACACGUACGAUGGGACGGUUUUGUACGAUAAUCGGCGUAGUGAUACCCUCUUCAAUUUUUUUAGUACAUGGUAGGGUAGGGAAACCUUUUUUGUGAAAGCAGUGGUUUCAACGAGGUCUUCUGACAGAACACAGGUUGUUGUUUGGUACAUGAGCAAGGACUACGCCGGGCAGAUAGUUUUACGAGCUUUCAAUCAUCUCAUAAGGAGCUCUCAACUUGCCAAAUAUGAUUCA